GGACGAGACCGCACAGAAUUCAGCAUCCUAAAAUCUUGAAACUGCUGCUCUCAUUGACCUGCAAAUACGAUGUUCGAGGAAAGGAGAUACUAGAAGAAAAGUGUUCCUUGUCGCCCGAACAGCCGAGCUACCGUAAUAGGCUUGGAUCGGCCCUGUCCUUUCCGAUCAACAUCAAACGUCAGUUCCGCAAAAGCCUCAAACGACUUGAGAAAACCAUAUUCUUCAACAACUGGUAACCCGCACCGUCGCACCCAUUGGCCAUUGACCUCUUCUUUAUUCGAGAUGGCAUUCCGGCCAAUGUUCCAGCGACGAGUCGUUGCUCCCAUAGCUGCGACCUUCAUCGCUGGAGGCAUAGUCACAUAUCCUCGACGAACUGCCUAUGCUGAGAGCCCAUCGGAUCUUAGAAAGCCUAUUUACGACGACUAUCCUACUGAGUCUGUUGCAGUUCCAGAACAGAAGCCCAUUGUCACUAUCCCUUCCGAUAUCUCCAAAACAGUUUCAAAAGAAGAAGCUAGCGUCACCGAUCUUCUAACGGCGCAAGUUCGGCGUGCCCGCCUGUUCCUCUAUGCACACUCCCUUGCCGCCGAGAACAGUUUCAAUGACUUCUUGUCUCGUGUGCUUCGUGUGGAAAACGCCUUUACAAACACAGUUGCAUCUCUAGCUCCGUCUCCUGAAUCUGGCGAGCGCCUUCUUCCCGGAGGAGUUUAUGUUAUCGUGUCAGCCAUGGCUGGAUCAAUUGUCUCCCGGAACCGUGGAAUUAUUCUGAGAUCGGCGACUCCUCUUGCAUUCGGCACCAUUGCCGCUUGGACACUUCUGCCGGUGACUAUGCGCAAUGUCUCAGACUUGGCUUGGGAAUAUGAGAAGAAGGUCCCGGUGGUGGCUGACAACCACCUCAAAGCGCGCACUUAUAUUCAGCACGUAUACACAACCGGAGUGGCCCAUAGCCAGAUGGGUCGCGCUAUGUUGGAGGAUAAGAUUGGAGAGGCCCGCGAAUAUCUUGAAGAAUGGGUCAGAAAGGGCCGAUAAAACCUCGUAUAUGACUACUGUUGAGCACAGCCCCUUUGGUUUGAUUUGAGAAGCCAUUUCUCCAAUAUGAUCGCAGAAGACAGAUGGUGCCUCUGCUCCUUGUAAAAUUUGUUCCUUCACCAGUCUUGUCUCGACUGAUAACCAUGUUUUAAAAGAUGUUUUAUUUCUAGACUUCAAGACUUUCUUUUGUGUGAUUAGUUGGCAUACAGGGCGUGCUUACUUCGAAGGUUCAUUACUAUUCUUCUCGCAAAGAUUUCAUUCCUUGUAGAUAUACGCCUCGUAAAAUGAAGAACCUGAAGGAGUUAUAAUAAUACAUGAUCCGAAAGCGUUUUAUUACGUCUGUCCAGCAGAGACACUUUCUUCCUCGUUCGUUCCUGCUUGGAUUUGUUGCGGCGGAUCUCCCGCCUUUGGUGGAGGUGCAAGCGGCGCGCCCUUUCGUGAAGGUAUAAUGUCCUCCUCCUUGCUCUUUUGUUCCCCUUCAGCGAAAUAUUCAUCAAAUGUCUUGCUAGGUGAGAUUCCCGCAUGUCGAUUUCUUCGUCCUGGCUUGUUUGAUCGCGGGGGAGCGGGGCUGUUGAGAGAACUAGUAGGUGACGAUAAGGGAGGAGGUGAAGCCAUAUUAGCAGGGACAAGAUAAUUUCCUGUGGGAGAUAUCGGGUUCGUAUUGUAUGCGGGUGUGUCCCUCAAUUGCUCCUGGCCGUCCUCUUUUGUUUCAAAGACGACUUCACCGGGCCCUUCAACUUCUUCCCCCAAACCCACAGGUAACCUAUGCAAUGCUCCGUAUCCAAGAACAGCACCCAAGGCGCCUUCUCCUCCCCAGCCCCUUGUUGGUACCAGUUCUACUUCUCGGACAACGUCGAAUUCGCUAUUGUAUACCCAUAAUACUAGACUUCGGUUGAGAUGGUCCUCCACCAGUUCACCUAGUGCAGACUCUCCUCGUAAUGUGCCACUAGGUGACCCUAGGAUAUAAUCGGAGUGCUCUAGAAGUCCCGCAAGAUAGGCAGGGCUCAAGGGUGAUGGUAUGGACAGAACAUGCCAAAUGUGUUGUGUAACUGAUAAUGGCGCGAGUUGUAAUGUGAGACCUAAUGAGGGAUUCUCUUUCGAGACUGGAAUCG